GAACAAAAAUUUUCAUAAGCAACCCUGAAAUCAUCCUUAAAUCUUCCUUCAGACCACCAAAUUAAAUGGGUCUCCAAACUGAUAUGUACCCUUCUCAUGGCUUCAAGAAGCAGCAGAGCUACUAUAACGAUAACGACUACUAUUCAUCGGAGGAUGAUUAUUACAGCAACAAUGGCUCAAGCAUGCAAAUGAAGAAGCCUUAUGGUUAUCCCACUGUAACCAGCACUCCUCAGCCAACCCAAAAUCAUCACAUGAUGAUGAGCCAUGGUGGCUAUAGCCACGACGAGGAUAGCUGGUACAACAAGGACAAUUACCAAAGUGGCAAUGGUGGUCAUAACAACAGCCACGGCCAAUAUGGGCAUAUGUCUCACGAUUCUGCUAAUAUAUCCAGCAAUAGUAGCAGCAUGUUCCAUGCUAAUGGAGGCUAUGGAAGUGGAAUGCAACUCUCUUCCCACGCAAAUGGUGGCUACGGGGGAAGUGGAAUGCAAUACUCUUCCCACGCGAAUGGUAGCUAUGGGGGGUAUGGAAGUGCAAUGCAACAAUCUUCCCACAUGAACGGUGGCUAUGGGAGCGGAAUGCAGCAUGCUUCCCACAUGAGUGGUGGCUAUGGAAGCGGAAUGAAGAAUUCAUCCCACAUGAGUGGUGGCUACGGCAGUGGAAUGCAGCAAUCUUCACAGAUGAAUGGUGCUUAUGGGGUUGGGAUGCAGCACUCUUCACACAUGAACGGUGGUUAUGGAGGUGGGAUGCAGCAAUCUUCACACAUGAAUGGUGGUUAUGGAGGUGGGAUGCAGCAAUCUUCCCACAAUCAUAUGUCCAGGGGAGUAGAGAACGAUUAUGAUACGAGCCCUGGUUACUAUGAACAGCAUAACAAGAAUACUGAUAUGUGGAACAUGAAGAGUUUGAAUGACUAAAUCCUCAAAAGUUUUUUGUGUAAGGUCGAACAAUAUAUAUAUGGUUGUUUUGGUUGAGGCUCUGUCUAUAUCACAAAGGCCUGAAACCUAAAUAUUGAAUUUAAACAACCCUGCUACUAUGUACUCAUCCAUGUAUUAGUUACUUUUUUACACCCAGAACUAUGAAUAAUUUGAAUUAUAUGUAUAACUAUAAUGAUCUUGAUGAGGUCAUUUCCAUAUA